AUGACGGUCCCCCUGGGCAUGGCGAAAGGAGUUGAAAAGCAACUUCUUGGUAUGGGACCCAUCCCAGCCAUAACUGGUGAACUGGUGAAACCUAAACAAUUUUGGCCGCCGGAAAAGCAGCUUCGGUAA